AUGCCGCUGCCUGCGCGGAGAUGGGGGGCGCCGCCGCUGCUGUUUCUGCUUCUGGGUCUCUGCUGCGCUUGGAGGGAUCCGGGCAGACCUCGCAACGUGCUGCUGAUCGUCGCUGACGACGGUGGCUUUGAGAGCGGCGUGUACAACAACACGGCCAUCAACACCCCAAACCUGGAUGCCUUGGCCCAGCGCAGCUUGAUCUUCCGGAAUGCCUUCACCUCCGUCAGCAGCUGCUCCCCAAGCCGGGCCAGUAUCCUCACAGGCCUGCCUCAGCACCAGAAUGGGAUGUAUGGGCUGCACCAGGAUGUGCAUCACUUCAACUCCUUUGAUAGUGUUCGGAGCCUCCCCUUGCUGCUUAGGCAGGCAGGGAUUCGGACAGGGAUCAUUGGGAAGAAACAUGUUGGGCCAGAGGCUGUGUAUCCCUUUGACUUUGCCUACACUGAGGAGAACGGCUCUGUCCUGCAGGUGGGGCGGAACAUCACCCGAAUCAAGCUGCUGGUUCGGAAAUUCCUCCGCAGCCAAGAGGAGGAAAGGCCUUUUUUCUUGUAUGUUGCUUUCCACGAUCCACACCGUUGCGGCCACUCCCAGCCCCAGUAUGGAGCAUUCUGCGAGAAAUUUGGCAAUGGAGAGCCUGGAAUGGGCUGGAUCCCAGACUGGAAACCCCAGCACUACAGCCCAGAUCAAGUGCAGGUCCCAUAUUUUGUACAGGACACACCAGCUGCUCGUGCGGAUCUGGCAGCUCAAUACACAACCACUGGGCGCAUGGAUCAAGGCAUUGGUCUUGUCCUAGAGGAGCUGAACAACGCUGGCUUCCACAACACUACCCUUGUGAUCUACACUUCCGACAACGGUAUCCCCUUCCCAAGCGGCAGAACUAACCUGUACCGGUCAGGUACGGCUGAACCCCUCCUCGUCUCCUCGCCUGAGCAUCCCUCGCGCUGGGGACAGGUCAGCAGUGCCUAUGCCAGCUUGCUAGACAUGACCCCCACCAUUCUGGACUGGUUCUCUGUGCCGUACCCCCGUUACAGCCUCUUUGGGAAGCGGAUGGUGCAACUGACUGGGAAGUCCCUGCUGCCAGCGCUGUCUCUGGAGCCGGCAUGGGCCACAGUGUUUGCAAGCCAGAGCCUCCACGAAGUGACCAUGCACUAUCCCAUGCGGGCUGUGCAGCGGGGGCCCCUGCGCUUCAUCCACAACCUGCAGAACCGCACGCCUUUCCCCAUCGACCAGGACUUCUACGUGUCACCCACAUUCCAGGACCUGUUGAACAGGACCCAGGCAGGGCAGCCCACGCACUGGAACAAGACGCUGCAUGGCUACUACUACCGAGAACGCUGGGAGCUGUACGAUCACAGCCUCGACCCCACGGAGAGCCGCAACUUGGCUUCUGACCCCCGCUAUGCCCAGGUCCUGGAGGAGCUCAGGGGGCUGUUGGUGAAAUGGCAGUGGGAAACGGACGACCCCUGGGUGUGUGUGCCUGACGGCGUCCUGGAGGAUAAGCCCAGCCCCCAGUGUCGACCGCUGCAUAACGAACUGUGAUUUCCCCCCUCUUCCCUUUUGCGGUGGCUGCUAGUUCCUCAUUCAUAUGAGCAGCGCUAAGGAAAGCUCUGACUUGCAAAGGCUUGCAGUUUGCAGAGCUAAGCACUAUUGCGUUUGCAGCUGUGGAAAGAGCUGGAGUCAACAAGACGAGGGUGGUUUCUUAUGUGCCUGCCUUCUUAAUUGCUGCAGACAUAUCAACCGUCUUAGCCAGCCCCCCCCCCCCAUUGCUGCCAAAGGGAAUGAUGUCGCAAGUGCCUAAUGGAACAGCCAGCAAAUGCUGCUCUACAGAAUUGGGCUGGUCCCAUCCAGGCUGUGAUUUGCACAUUCAGAAACAGUGCCUUUUGCAGGAACGUGUGCAGGAACGCAUUAGGCCUAGAUCCGGUUGAAAAAUUUAGGAGAAUACACCGUACAGUCUUCUCAAGAGGAUUGCAAAUGGUGGAGUCACUUAAAAGCACCCAACUCCAAAAUCUGCCAGUAGGUGGAAAGCUAACAUGCAGUUCCUCUCCAUAAAUUUCAGACCGCUACAGGCCUAUGAGACAAUUCUAAACAGUAAGUUUGAAAGAGCUUUUUAUGUGGCUCCUACUGAAUAUUCAACCAACAAAUAAAGCAGUAGAUUACUUCAUUGA